CUCAAGGGGUACAGGCGCUUCGCGGGAAAAGGGAACAAACGAUCUAUCCACGGGAUCAUUCCUUUUCUUUCUGUAUCUUAAAAGUUCCCCAGGUAGGAGGUACAGAGGGGAUACAGCCGGUGAUGACCACUCGUCUACAACCAAGGGAAUAUAUAUUCUCAGGUCUAGAUGUUGUGAAUUUGAGAUAGGAUUCAUAUAUGGAUGAUAUAUAUAAGAACAUAGCCCCUCUCCCACUUUCUUCACAAUUAGAAUGUGUAACUGCCUUCACUUCGGCACAUCUAAUACCACAGUACAUAUUUAGACCUACCUACUGUGCCCUUAAGCUAGCUUUCCCCUGUCUCCUCCUAUUCAUCGUCAAGCGGUCUCCUAAGCUGGGCACCUACCUGCUGGAAACAAUAUACAUACUCCACCACUCGAUCAACUAAAACUACCACCAAACCCAAAACACAAAAAGAAAUAGCAAGAAGGAAAAAAAAAAAAAUGUGCAAAUACACCUCCCACGAACAAUACGCUACCUGUGCCCACACCAUCCCCUGCCACCUCAAAUACGACAUAAUCUACUGCCACGCCCCCAACGGUAUCCCCCUCCCAAUCCACACCAUCACAAAACUGCUCACGGAGCCCGGCUUCCACCCCUCGCGCUGCUGCGACAUAGACGCGUGGCAUGGCACAGUGCUGAAGCUCCGGGGGCUGUGUCCAGCGUGCGAGGAGGAGGCGAAGCUGCGCGCAAGACCGGUGGUAGAGAGCACGGGGGAUAGGCAGGGGUAUGCAGAGAUGCCGAAUCUAGUGUGGCAGUUUGAGUGUGGGCAUUCGAAGACGUGGGUGCAGGCGGCGAGUUUGCAGAAGUGUUUUGUGUAUAAGGGGAAGGAUGGUGAUAAGAAGAAGAAGAAGAAUAAGGUUGAUAUAGGAGCGGAUGUUCAUAUUGAUCCGGGGGAUUUACGGAUUGCGGAGUUUUGGGAGACGGAGUAUGAGUUUUCGGAGGAGGAGGCGGGGAAGAUCCAGUUUGAACAAUAUAGGGAUGAGGGACUUUGCGGGAAGUGUGUUAAUGAGGAAUCACAAAAGGAGGGAGAAGAGAGAGAGAGAGGCAAGGGGAAGAAGCGGUGGCGGAAAUCGGGAGGGCUGCUCGGGCGGUGGAAGGGGUGGAUGAAAAAUACUUUUCAGGAGAAGCGAGAGAGCUGAAUAAGAGGGGAGUGAGAAUGCGAAGGGUUUCGUCUCCCUUUUAAUUGAUUUUAAUAUCUUAUUUUUUGGAAGAUUGGGUAAUUGGAUAAUGUUUUUAUAUCUGGUCUGGUAGAUUUGCAAGUUGGAUAUUGCAUGGAUGAGGGUAGAAGUGCAUGUAGCUAAUGCACAUCUGAGAAUGCAGAGGUACGCAUAUUCUGCAGCAAACGAGAACAGAAUAUAUUCAUAUGCAACAAAUAUGCAAUAUAGAGCUAUAGAUCGAGAAACAGGAGCCAGGUUCAUGAUUUCAG